AAGGUGCUUCGGGUGCCAUCUUGGAUGUGGGCAUGCGCGAACUACGCUUGUAAACGCUUGAUCGUCCGUUUAACUUGAUCACUCCUUCCCGAGCAAGGUGCACAGAAUUUGGUUCUGCUGAAUUCUUUGUCAUUAAUCCCCUAUAUAUGGCGGUGACCGAAAACGUAUCAAGCUGUUCCCUAAGUGCAAUGUGGGAUUGGUCACAUUGGUCCCCUUCUGGAACCCCUCCUGCUGUGUCUUUGCUAGAUGCAGCUGCAGACCUCCUUGUGCUUGAGAGGAAUUUUUCUGGUGCUCUGGAACUAUGUGAGCGAGGUUUGCAAAUACUAACAGUGGAGCCUAAAGAUAAUAAGUAUGAACAGUUGAAAGCUCAUCUCUGUGUGGUUGGUAUUCAGGCUCUAGCAGAGAUGGAACGAUGGAGGGAAGUUUUGCCCUGGCUUGUCCAAUAUUACCGAACACCCCAGGAAAUGCCACACAAUAUAAUGGAGAUGUGCCUCCUGCUGUACAGCAAGGUCAAGCAGCCACAUGUAAUGCUGGAGCUGAGCAGUAGCUGGUUGAAUGAAAGAGCCAAUCAUCACCUAUCAGGGUACAGACGAGUAGCUGAACUCCAUCUCUUGCGUGUUCUCCUUCCUUUGGGUCUGUUCUCAGAAGCAGAGUGUUUGGCUAAGGACUCAAAAAUGUUAACUCAACAGCAGCAGCUAAUAGUUCUUAAAACCAUAAGUGAACAGAAGCGUCAGUGGGAAGAGAAAAAUGAUCCUGCAAAAUCUGAAAGUAAUCAAUGUGAUCAAACUGUGUCACAGGCCAAGAGGGACAAAGGUAACUCAAGGGUAGGAAUAUUAAACAUGGCUCGGGUACUGUAUGGAUCCUUGAGUUUGGUGGCAACACAGAUUGGCAGAGUCCCUUUCAGACGGACUGUACUUGCGCUCCUCCUGCUCUAUGUCAUCUUGGUGCGCUUGGAUCCAGCUUUCCCUGUGUCCCAGGGCCCCAUGCGUCGUCUGCUCCUCCUGCUCAGAGCAUGUUUCUCUAAUAUUUUCCAAAGAGCGCACUGACUGGAUCAAUGGAAUAGAUGGAAAUGCCUCCUACUUACUGAUCAAAAAUUCAGCUAAACAAUAAAAUUCUGUCAUAAUUCCAGAGACCCAUUUAUACAAUCCACACCAUUAUCUGAGUGCUCAUUUGUAUCCUUGCUUGUUAAAUUAUAUGGAAUAAGAAGAAAUGUUUCCUCUAACACUAAAACUCCAGUUUUGUCUGGAAUAGCUAAUCUAUAACUCACCAGCUGUACACCAUCCACAUCUAACAUAAUGCUAUGGGGCUUAGCACCGUGUGUUUGAGCUAUAAUUAGACAUUACAGAUUAGCUAUCUGUUCUUAAAUAAAACGGCACUAAUUUUAUGCAGUGUUGCUUUAUAUCAGAGUUUAAUUAAUAAAAGCUGAGAUUGUCUCAUGGAUGGGAAAUGCAGCUAUCAGGGUUACACUUACAUAAUGCCACAAGCAUAUGCUUAAAGAGUCACUCCAAGAAUCAUGACCACUUAGUGAUUUGAAGUAAUUAUGGUGCCUGAAGUCUGUAUGUUCAGUGUUUUGCUAUGAAAUGCUGCACAUGCUGAGAUUAACCCUGCUGGAAUUCUGUCAUUGACUGGUUAAUUCUCAAUUCUGUGCAUAUUCCUACGCGCAAAAUUGCAAUCCGUGACUGAGAGCUGUCAGCUGACACUCUAAGCCAAAUAAAUGACUGGCAGGAUCGGAAGCAGUGCAGAAAGUUGGAAGUCACAGCCAGCCUCAAAGCAGACUAGGAGCCUGGCAGGACCAGGUAGUAGUGCAAACCGAAACAAGAAAUGGGACAAGUGUACUUCUCAUUUCAUUACCCCUACAGUGGCCUGUAUUGGUUAUGAUGCUUGGAGUAUCCAUUUAUAUCUCCAUUGAGAAGUUGAAAUUCAAGUUGAGAUAGCAGUAUGAUGUAAUACACCGCUUAUCGUUGGUGCACUAUCCUGCAGUACUGUGAAUUCAUAUUACUAAUAUGAAUCAUUUAUGUAUAUACCAAUUUAUUAAAGGGACACUAUAGUCACCAGAACAACUACAGCUUAUUGAAUUUGUUCUGGUGAGUAGAAUAAUUACCUUCAGGCUUUUUGCUGUAAACACAGUGUUUACAUUACAGCCUAGUGAUAACUUCACUGGCCACUCAUUAGAUGGCUGUUAGAGAUCCUCCCUGGGUCAUGGCUGCCUAAAAUGCAUCCAAACAUUCAGUGUCUCCUCCCUCUGCAUGAAGACACUGAACUUUCCUCAUAGAGAUGAAUUGAUUCAAUUCAUCUCUAUGAGGAGAUGCUGAUUGGCCAGGGCUGUGUUUGAAUCAUGCUGGCUCUGCCCCUGAUCUGCCUCUUUGUCAGUCUCAGCCAAUCCUAUGGGGAUGCAUUGUGAUUGGAUCAGGCCACCACUUCUGAUGAUGUCAGCAGACAAUUUUUGACUAUUCUGAGUCAAACAGCAUGCAGAGCUACAGCUUCAGGCUUGAAUAAAAGUAAGAUUUUGCUAUUUUUAGGGAGGAAUGAGGGGUCCGGUGUUCCUGUCCCUAUAGUGAUCAUUUAAGUUUACACAGUGAGACAAGCAGUGUGAAACACAAAUGAUUAAAUAGUUUUUUAAUAGACCACCACACUGAACUUCAGAAGUAGAAUUUACAGAAUUGGACAGGGUUUCCAAUUCCAGUAAAAUUGCUCCUUGAACUGCUGUUCAACUCUACUGGCUUACAACACAUUUUACUAUGUAGUUAGUAUUUCUGAUAUUUGCUGUAAAAUAUAUAUUU